CAGGUCGGAGGGGGUGGGACUCGGUAUUUACUGCAGUGGUGCAGUGGUGCAGCGGUGAUGCCGGUCACCUGACCGUUCCUGGAGGUGGUGGAUGGUGGAUGACGCGGACGGGCGAGACCCGUCGCUCUUGUCUUUUCUUUUCUUCUUCCCCCCGCACUGGCCACCUCCCUUCCUCCCUUCGAUUCAUUCAGGGACAGCGCCAGGGGAAGAAGGGAUGAGUCCGGCGGAUUGCCCGUUCCCAGCAUCCACUGGCAGGGUGACAUCGUGGAAUCUCUCCGGUGCAGCACCGCUGCCUCCUUUGAUCUAUCCAGUGGACAUGUCUGUCUGUCUGUCUGCCUGCCGACCCCAACAGUUCCCGCCGCCUCAGGCCUCCGGGCCUCCCCCGGAGCCUGAUCAGGCCAACCGCCAUCCCCCCCCGGCUGAGUCAGACUCAUCCCGUGCGCCGCUCUUCAAACACCCAGGAUCGGGAGGAUCUGUCAUCCCCCAUCCUCCAUCGUUGGGCUGCCUCUUUCGCAACGAGGGCUCCAGAUCGAUACCUUCGAUGAGAGUGGGCAGGGGUGCAGGGUGCAGGGCAUAAGCUGGCCAGGGGACUGUGCUGGGAGGUGGUCCUCCCACAGAAGCCAAAGGGAAGGGAAGGGAAGGGAAAUCAUACCAGAGG